AUGGACAGCGACGACGAGGUAUUAGAACGCACCAACCGCCGCACCGUGCCACCGAGACGCCGGCUGCUGCCCGUCCCCCCGACAACGGUGGCGGUCGCGCCGUUAUUCGCCGUCAGCGCCGUAGUCAAUUUCAUCUACCAGUGCUACAACUGCUCGCGCGGUAGUUUAGUGAGCGGUGUACGGCUGACAUCGGACGUCGUGUUGCCCAAGGUGUGCGCUACUUGCGGCGUGGUGUUUACGUUACAGUUCUUGUACCGCACCAACAGAGUGUACAACGAGCUGUCCACGUUGACGGAUGACCGACGCGGCUCGGCGGCCACUGGCGGUGGUGGCGGUCGGCCAAUGUCGAGACCGGACACGCCGUUAGAAGAUAGGUUUGACGACUUACGCCUGUCCAAACCAGUACGGCCCAAACAACGCACAGUCAGAAAGUAUUAUACUUCGAAUCCACAAGCUCCGGCCAGAUCGAUUACCACUAAUUUGUUGCUUUCUGAAUCUGAGAACGAAGAACCGAUUGGAUUAACCGAAAAUCUACAUUAUUCCGCUCGCCUUGGAUCCCACGUCAACGGCUAUGACAUAAUAAGCCAGCUUGGUUUCGGACAUUUUUCCACAGUUUGGUUGGCAAAGAAUAUAGAAGAACCCAGUUUUGCGGCGCUCAAGAUAGUGAAAAGCUCUUCCGAGUACACAAUGAGCGCAAUAGAGGAGAUACGAUUUCUGAAAUGUAUCAAUCGCCACAGAAAUUCGAAUUUUUUUGGUCAACGAGUCAUCGAAUUGAUCGACGAUUUCGUAGUUGAUGGACCACGAGGGGAUCACAUUGUCUUGGCGUUGGAGGUUCUUGGACCAAAUGUGUUGGCACUAAUAGAAAAGACACAAUACCACGGUUUACCACUACACUUGUUGCGCAACAUAACCAGACAGGUGUUACAAGGAUUAGCGUUCCUCCACGAUUCAUGUGAUAUAAUUCAUACGGACAUCAAACCGGAAAAUAUAUUGCUUUGCGCAAAACCCGAGUACAUCAAAACACUUGCCAAUCAAAGUUACAAUCAAUUUAUGUAUUUAAAGAAGUAUAAAAAUGGAGAUCGACCACCACAAUCCGUGAUCAAGUUUAAAAGUCUCAACGAUAUGAUAGAUCAGUUGGGCGACAUCAAUAUAAAAAUCGCCGAUUUAGGCAACGGACGUUAUGCGAAGUCCGGCCUUUAUUAUGAUAAAAUCCAGACUCGCCAAUACAGAAGUUUGGAAGUGUUACUCGGUUCCGGCUACGACACACAUGCAGACAUUUGGAGCACAGCGUGUGUGAUAUUCGAAAUGGCUACAGGAGACUUCCUAUUCGAUCCGCACAAAGGACCCUCUUUCACCAAGGACGACGAUCAUAUCGCACAUAUAAUUGAACUUUUGGGAAACAUACCCUUGUAUAUCAUUAACAUGGGAAAAUACUCUUGUCGUCUUUUUACAGACAACGGUGAAAUGAAGUACAUUUCGAAACUUAAACCUUGGUACCUAGCCGACGUGUUGAUUUCAAAGUACGAUUGGAGUGUAAAAGAAGCUCACGAAGUGGCGGCUUUCUUAAUUCCUAUGUUGGACAUGGACUCAAAUAAUCGAGCCUCGGCGACUCAAUGCCUUUUGCAUCCUUGGUUAUAUUGUUAAGCACAUCACCGUCUAUUUGUUGUAAUGAAUUUUUGUUGCAGCCGAUUAUUUUAAAUAUACACGUAUAAGAUAGUACAUAUUUAUUUAGUAUACAAGUAGUUGUUAAGUAAUGUGUUUAUCAAAAAACCGAUAAGAUUAUUGUAAAACAAUUUUCGUCCUAAAAAUGUUCAAAAUUCAUAUCGACCUCUUUGGCUCGCGGUAAAAAUCUAAAAUUUAUUUAAGUAUACAAUUCCAUAGAGUCCUGUGAAAUACAAUAUAAUAUUCCCUUUUAGGGCGUUCGUAGGGCUCGGUUUUACCGACAGUUAUUAUACUUGGUACGUGCCGAAAACCAUAAAAUGUUUAUAUUUUAGUCGUUAAUAUAACUAUAUGUACGGUGUACACCCAUCAUAUCUAGUAUAAGGUAAAAUAUUUUCGUGGAUAUAAAUUAAUUAUACUUUCUCUUCCGACAAACGUCGCUUUGCAUCAAACAAAUUUGCUGUUUGUUUCGUUUAUUGAAAUUUAUUGGAUCAUUUUGACCAUUUUGUUUGCUGUACACCCGUUGGAUCAUUGGCCGACAGCUGGCUGCCGACUGGGAGUAGAAAGCCUGUCCGUGGUCUGAGGAGAAUAUCAUAUUGGUUCGCCGUGUUGCGCAAAACUGUUUAGUGCUCUUCUUGUCCAGCGACCAGACACAACAUUGUUUUUCUUCAUCUUCCACCUCUUCGUCUGCCUGUUGGGGACAGGCAGUGGAAGAUAAGAUCUUCGAGUGGUCCUGAAACAAAUUUCAAAGCCUUUUUUUUUGUGCCAUUAUCGCAACCAAACGCCUAAUCUGACAAAACAAAAUCAUAUCCUCUAAAGUUUCCAGGGCUUUAGAAAUUCUGCAAGGGUGUUAUAUUCAUACCUAGUUUGAAAACACCAAAAUACCCUGACAACGGACAGGGACCCUGGACAUCCCAGGAUAUCACUUUGGACCUUUGGAGUCCACUGAAGAAAGAAAUUCUAAGGAGUGUCAGUUAAGCACACCGCCCGCUCACUAUGAUCAUUAAAAGGGAUAUCAAUCGAAGCCUCACUCAAUGACAACUCCAAAAGAAUAACUUUCGACUUUUUGUACCCCCAAGAGUAUUUCAAGAGUAAAAUUCUGAAUUCAUCAGAACUUUACAGGUGCUUCAGUUAAGCACAAAACGUUCCCGUUAUUGGUCGACUUAGUGAAAGUAGUAUAUGAUUAAAAGUUUUGUAUUCACCUUGCUGUAGUUAUUCUUUUUCUAUAUAUUAUAAUCAUUUUUGAUUCUUUAGAAAAUAAUGUUGUUUUGAUGACAUUUUUUACGGUUUUGUCGAAUCAUUUUCUUGAAAUUUUGCAUUUACAAUGAUUAAAACAUAGGAAAAAUAUAUUAUUAAGUGUUCCAUUGCGUUCCUUAUCGAAAUCGAUUAAUAAGUUUAAAAAUAGAUAACAUAUUAAUUAACCAACAGCUCUGGUUAAUUACUAAUCAAAGCUUUAAUAAUGUUCUUUUAGGUAAAAUCUUUCAAAAUGUAGUAGAAUAAUUUGAGGACUCUAAUAGCGACUUUCUAAACGCUCCAAUGCGGUUUGUUACCUUUUCUGUUAGGGUAAUGCCAAAAUCUGGCAAGCUAUACACUUGACAAAGAAAAGGAAUUGGGUAUUUUCUACGAAUUUCCAUUGAUGUGUAGUGUAGCUCAACCUCGAGUAUUUUAUGUAUAUCAUGUAAAUAAGUAUUGAAACCCAUAAUGUGAUUUAUGAUAAAAAUAACUAUCCUAAUUUACAAUUUUUGUUUUAACCUCUUAAACAUCAGAAUACAUGUCUUAUCGUGGUAGCAUGUUUUAGUUCCUAGUGUAGGAAACAAAUGUUGUUUUUAAACUUAAUUAAUUAAGAUAGGUAACGAGUGUAGUCUAAAAUUUCUAAAAAUUUGAGUUGUUUGGGAGAAAAAAACUAGUUAAGAGAAUAAUAUUAGUGUAAUAGUAUUAGUGUUUUAUUAAAAGUUUUUGAAGUAUGCAAACAAAAUGUACAGCAUGUAAAAUGUUUUAUUAUAAGAAAUAUGUUUAAAAGUGAUUGAUAUGAUACAUGUAUUAAAAAUAAUUUUCAUUAUCUUAUGUCAUGUAAUACAUAUGGUAAAUUACUUUAGAUUAAUACUACACACAAAUUUUUAGUUAGAUUAGAUAUAAAUAGAAGUCUAUAUAUUAAGUAUAUUGUAUACACUUUAGUAAUCAAAAUUAACUGUUUGUUAUUACACGUUUGUUAAGACUUUUAAAAUUAUUAUUACCAUCGACAUAAUUAUAAAUAUCGUGUUUAAUUUUAUUCUUAUAGUGAAUAUCUACUUAACGCACACUAUAGGUACACUUAAUUUUUAGCAUAAUAAUUUGAUUACAUAGAAACUAAGAUUAUGUAUGCAGUUUACCUGCUGAGAAAAAACACUUAAUGUAAAAUCCAGAGAGGAAUGAUUUUUUGGUGAAAUUACAUAUCUGUUUUUCUAAAUAUUAUUAUUAUAUUAUUAUGUAAGUAACUUAAUUCAUUUAAACCAAUUUUGCGUACUGCUCACUCUCUGAUCUUAUAAUAAUAUGUGUUUAGCUCCAAACCAUCAUCAUGAACCAAAUAAAACAUAUUUUGUGUAGAUGUAUUUAGUUUAAAAUAAAAUAGUGUAUGGAUGUUGAUGAACUGUAACUAAUUACUAAUUACUCAUUCAUUUUUAAUUGUAGCCUUAGUCAUUGAUAUGAAAAAUUGUCUAUCCAGAACCCCUUAAUAAAUAUAGAGUACAAUAUAAUUUCAAGUGUAUACUGUUAUUAAAUGUGUCAAACUUUAUUGUAGCCUACUAUGAGUGCAUUGUAUAUUAUUAUGUAUAAAAUAAUAUGAUGCUAUAUGUGCAUGGGUUACCUAACAAUUAUAAUAAUAACAGUAAUAAAAUUAAGAAAACUCGUUUUAAUUCUACUUUAUUAAUUUAAGCUAAAUAUAUAAAAUGCAAACUUAGAAUUAAUAAUAUCGUUAGUCAAUAAACUGUAAAUCCGUCUUGUAUUUCAUUUUAACGCUGU